GACACUUCCAGGGAUCCUGGGGCAGCCACAGCUUCUYUGGCAAACAUCAGUGCUUCACCACCCUCACAACGAGAAGUUUCUUCUACAUAUCCAACCURAAUUUCUUUUUUCUCAGUUUGAAGCUGUUCUGCCUUGUCCUGUGGCUGCAGUUCCUGAUCCAGAGUGUGUCUCCUGCUGCCUUGUGCCUCAGGCACUGGAAGGGUUCUGAGGUCUCCACACAACCUUCUCUGUCCUUCCCAGCCCUGCCCAGGUGGAUCUGUGUGCAGGAAUGUUGCAGGGGCAGCCAUGGCCAUCCUGUUCGCUGUCGUGGCGAGGGGCACCACCAUCCUGGCCAAGCACGCCUGGUGUGGAGGGAACUUCCUGGAGGUGACGGAGCAGAUCCUGGCCAAAAUCCCAUCGGAGAACAACAAACUGACCUAUUCCCAUGGGAGUUACCUGUUCCAUUACAUCUGCCAGGACAGGAUCAUUUACCUGUGCAUCACAGAUGAUGACUUUGAGCGCUCCAGGGCCUUCACGUUCCUGAACGAGAUCAAGAAGCGCUUCCAGACCACGUACGGCUCCCGAGCGCAGACCGCCCUCCCCUACGCCAUGAACAGCGAGUUCUCCUCGGUCCUGGCUGCACAGCUGAAAUACCACUCGGAGAGCAAAGGCCCAGACCAGGUGGCAGAGACACAAGCCCAGAUCGAUGAACUCAAAGGGAUCAUGGUGCGGAACAUAGAUCUUGUAGCACAAAGAGGAGAGAAGCUGGAGCUGCUGAUUGAUAAAACAGAGAAUCUCGUUGAUUCGUCAGUCACUUUCAAAACCACCAGCAGGAACCUUGCCCGAGCCAUGUGUAUGAAGAACCUCAAGCUCACCAUCGUCAUCAUCAUCGUGUCCAUUGUGAUCCUGUACAUCAUCCUGUCGGCGGUGUGUGGCGGGCUGGCCUGGCCCAGCUGUGUGCAGAAGUAACUGGAGCUGGUGCUGGUCACUUGGACAUGAGGCAGAGUGUGAAGAAGCAACCUCCAGAGCAACUCGCGCCUGUCACCACUGCCACCUUCCCAACCUCCAGGCCCUCUAGGACUUCAGACUUUUUGCCUUAUCACGUGAACAGACCCAGCUGGUCGCUGCUCCUGCAGCUGUGACCUCAAGAGCGGGCUGGGUUGAUUACUUGAAAGGAUUUUUUGUGUUCCUUUUGCUGUCCCAAUGCCACCCUUGGGGAGGGUUGUGUGCAUGCUGGCCCUGUGUCCGUGUGGCUUUGCACCUCGAGGGGGACAGGAGUGGCUGCAGCUGGGAUGGUCAGAGCGGGCUUUGGCGUGGGCUGAGCCAGACUAAUGGGCCCAGAGCCUCCUGCACAUCUGGCCACAUGUGGCUCUCAGUGCUGCACCAUGUGGAGGUCCCAGGUUAAUCCUGGUCGGGACAAAUGGAGCAGGCUCUGGGCUUUGUGCACUCACAGGUGGAGGUGCUGCUGCUGGAGGAAUGUCCCUUUUCUGGAGGUGAUCCUGCAGGUGGGAGGAGGGUGUGGGUUCACCUCAGUGUUUGGAAUGGCUGCCUCUUCAGCCUCACUUCUUCCUCAUCUCCCCCUGCACUGGUGGCUGAACGGACACAGUAAAGGAGAUGGUUGCACACGGUUCAGGGGGCAGGAACGGAUCUGCUUUCUCACAGAUGACUUCUCCUGCUCUUCUGUGGAUUGUGGACUACAAUGAAUACAAUUCUGUCACUGGCUACAGAGAAUUUGGGGCCAAUCUGGCUUGAUGAGGUAUCAGGGAGCUGCUGCUUGUGCUUCUCUUGAAAGGUGUGCACUGAACUGGAGGACAGGGAACGGGUGGUGUUGGUGGCUGGUGACCUCCAAGGUCUGAGGGAGAAGGGCUCUGCCAGAGGAUGUAGGAACGUUCUCUGCAACGAUUUCAAACCAAACCCAAGGCUGGUAACCAAAUGCAGGCUCAGGGGCACUGUUUCUGUCCCAGCCAGGCCUGCCUGAGGGAGCUGGAGGGGCCUGGGUAAGGGCUGGUGGCGCAUCUGUCCUGGAGCUGAUAGGCUCCUUUCCCAGGGAAGAAACACAAAUGCCAUUCAGCAGGGAAGGAAUCUGCCUUUGGCCCAGGGAAGUCGAGGUAUGGGAGGGGGAGGCUUCAUUCGGUGCUUGGAGCACAUGGUUGGUGCCCGAGGGUCCUGGUGACACUGGCAGAGUGGUGAUGUGGCUCUGCUGCUCCUUCACGUGUGACACUGGGAAACUCCAGGGGCAGCAGGUCCUAGAUACAGAGUUCUAUAUAUAGUGGCUCCUUUGGCUUUGUUUUCUGCUGGCCUGAAGUUUCAGCACUGGUGAUUGGAUCUUGAUAUCCACCAAGUGUCAGUGGCCACUGGCACCUGCUUCUCUUUGUGUUCCUGAAUGUAAAGCUUAGAGAACCCCUCCCUGCAGCUCCUGCUCCUUCAGCCCCAGGUACAGCUCUGCAUGUUUUAGGGAUCCUGCUGUUGCCAUGUUCAUUUGGAUGAUUUCUUGUCUUAUGUACAAAUAAUUUUUAAAGAAAAUCCUUCCUUUCCUUCUCAAUGCACUGAGGCAUUAGUGUAAAAAUGACAUUACCUUGAUUUCAAUAAAAUUCCUGUACAGAAAGCAGACAUCUUAAUUUUGUG